ACCGGCCGAUAUUACGGCCGAAGAAGUGAACGCGUGUAGCUUACCGGUUUCUGGGGAUCGUAGAGAAGAAACAAGGAUCGCAAGAAAACUCGGCAGCACUCGACAGUGUUGUCCAGAGAAGCGUUGCGUGAGCACGUGGGUCGCGCGGUAAAAAAAAAAAAACAACACGCUCUCGCAAUAAAUCUUAACAAGAAAUUGUUCUCUUCGCGCCUCCGUUUCCAGAACAGGCGCUUUUGCUUGACGCGAAGAAGAGAAGAGAACACGAUCGUGUCUCGUUUUCUUCUUUUUAUCUCCCUUGAAGACUCGGUCAACCGGUUGGACGACCGCGGCAAAAAGACCGCGUCUAUGAAAUUUUUAAGACGUCGCAUUAACCGGUAAUUGCGGGAAACGCGCAAGUUUUAGAGACUCACUUUAACGCAAGUUCGGCGUAAUCAGACAAAACGAGCGGGUGCAAACUCUACUCGGAUCUCAACUUCGCAGAUCUCAAUUUUUCAUAGAUCGCCUGUGCUCGCGAUGGGUUCGAAAGACGUGUGGGAUUAUUAUCAGAACGGACCCAGCACGUGGGUGACAAAAUUCCCGAUGGCUGCCGGCUCGAGACAGAGUCCGGUAAACAUCGAGACCAGACGAGCGGAAUCCGAUCACGAGGCUCUGAGCAGCAAACCAUUGCGUUGGAAAUAUCCGGCCACGGCUUCGCGGAAGUUGGUUAAUCCAGGUUAUUGUUGGCGAGUGGAUACCGAUGGCGAAGGCACAUUUUUGAGCGGCGGACCAUUGAUGGACGAUGUUUACAAGCUAGAACAGUAUCACUGUCACUGGGGAUGCAGCGACUCCAGAGGGUCCGAACACACGGUAGACGGACAGGCCUUUGCCGGAGAGCUGCAUUUAGUGCACUGGAACACCACCAAGUACAAGACUUUCGCCGAAGCGGCGAAAGCCUCCGAUGGUCUGGCCGUUUUGGGAGUUUUCCUCAAGGUCGGCAAGACACACGAAGAAAUGGACAAGAUCGCACGCCUUCUGCCGUACGUCUCGCACAAGGACGAAGUCGUCGAAAUUACGGAACCAAUCGACCCUAGCAAACUCCUUCCUGACGAUAACGGGUACUGGACGUACUUGGGUUCGUUGACGACUCCGCCGUGCAAUGAGAGCGUCACUUGGAUACUUUUCAAAAAAUACAUCGAGGUGUCUCAUCAUCAAUUGAACAUUUUCCGCAAUCUGCGAAAGUUUCCACGUGGUGAAGAGUGCCCUUGCCAUGAGAAUCACGGAGCGGUAAUCAACAACUUCCGCCCACCGAUGCCACUAGGAAAUCGCGUCUUGCGGGAGUGCGGUAGCUUCUAAGAGCCGUCUAUCCACCUGGAAAAUGAGAAGGAAUGUAGAAGAAACAAGAGAGAGAGAGAGAGAGUGGGAGAGAAACAUAGACGAUUCAAUCUCCGUUCCUCGUAUUUACGAAUCGUUGACCUCAAAGCGACAGCUACACGAUGCAGUUGCGAACGCACGACAGCCGUUCAAUGUGCCUUUUGACUGUAAUACCGAACACUCGCGCGUUGUACGCCACGAAGCUCGCUGGUUAGUUGUUUUUCUCGCAAUCAAAGAUUCUGUCACGUGUAAUCCGUUCUAUUGUCGUUGGAGGAAACGCGUAUAUUCGCAGCGAGCAAAAAGUUUUCUACUACUCUGCGUAGGAAACGCGAAAUGUUAGAAAUAUUUGAUGAUGGCUUUAGCUUCCGAGCAACGAAUUUGCUGUUGUUUCUAUUUUAUUGUUUUUAUCUUCGAUUGUACGAUAAGCUACUGAUAUUAGAAUGUACCCCAGCCUCAAUUUUAACGAACGUAUCUCGAAAUGACACAUGACUUUGUCUGAGAAUAACACUGUAAAAAUUACUUUUAAAAAUAUGAAGUGUCGGAUAUCUAUAGUCGGUGUCUUUAUCUAUAGUUGAAUUAAUCGCGAUAUUAAUUUUAAAUUUCGAGAUACUUGAAUAGAUACUGACUAUAAAUAAAUUUAAAAUAAAUUUACUUCUUAUUUUAUAUACGACGCAACGACAGGUAAUUAUUGAACUGUUCCUCUGGCACUUUGAGAGAUGCUUCGCCGCGUCGUUGAUUGACAGUCUCGUGUAAGAAUAUUCGUCGAAUAUAUAGUGUCGUGUUCUUGAAACAGACGAAAUAGUGAACGUUUAAUUUUAGUUUUUCACUUAUACGCGAAUAAUUGUUCAUCAAGUGAUCUAUUGGAACACGAAGAGUUUCUUUUAAAAUCCUCAUUAAAUGAGUUUCAUCGAGUGAAUCUAUAAAUAUAUCCUUCUGUAUCUUUUUUUCUACAAAACAAGUGCGUUAAAGGACACUCUGUGUAGCAUCUACCAAGCGUGCGCUUCGUUUCAAUUCAAGUGCAAUUACGAAUGAAACGUAGAUAUAACUUUAACAGCGUCCGCUUUGCGCGCCUAGGGAAUGUCGCUUUCUCGUUAAUUAGAAACUGCUACUUACAAUAACAACGCCGAUUACACAAACGAAGUAUGUGCCUGUGCGCGUAGACGCGCGCUAUUUUGCUAUCUGAAAUAAAACGAAACAUAAAUAUAUAUGAUGCGUCUCACUUGUGCCUGCCGUAUAAGAAAAAGAUACUGCAAUAUCAACAAAAUGUGUUUAAUGUGCAAUUUGAUGUGCAGUUUGUUUUUUAUGACUCAAGCCUAUAAAAGUUACAAUAACAUGAUUUAUUUCGAGUGACGAGAGUAUUUGAUCGAUACCAUUCAGUCGCGUGUAGUUGGAUCAAGAUUUUUUUAUUCACUUUGAUUUUUUUUUCAUUAUAUACAGAGAUAGAUUGACGAAGUGAUGACAAAAUGUAAUUUUUUAAAAUGAAAUAAAAGACUUUUCUUGCACAUAUAAAGAAAUUUUGUAAUUUGAGCUGUGCAGUACACAGAAGGAUUUCUAUCGGAUCGAUCCGUCCUCGAGACAUCGACAUCACCCAUGUUCAUCGACAUAAACUCUGUUCGUUUCCGUAACAUGCAAUAUCGCGUUAAGUGCUACAGGUGCAAUGAUCUUUAUCUACUAUGUAUCUAUCUAAGAGAAAUAGGAUGUUUAUAAUAUCGUAUUUAUAAGUCGUGUGUACGCCACUGUUGACGCUCGAGAAAUGUAUCGAAAUUCGAUAUGCACCACACUGCGUAAAAUUUAUAAAUACGCGCGAAAUUCGCGUCCAUUAAUAAGUAAGGCGUUUGUUGCCGUUGCCAUUGUGACAUUUAUCGCGGAUGUGCGACUAUAUUAAAAGAUCUAUUACUGACAUCGAACUAUAUUUUGAGAGAAUACACGUAUUUUUUAUACUAUCAAGUUUUUGAAAAAGUUGAUCCACAGUGUCAACUUGCGCAUGAAAACAAAAAUGUAUUUUUUGAUAAACUUUCAAUUUGUUUUUUACGCCAAAGGAAAAUAAUUCAAGUUGGCUACGCAACUUUCCCUCGAGCGUCAACAGUUUUUUUAAUAUAAAAUCGAUAUCUCACUUUGUGCCAUACGAUGGCGAAUUUUACGUAAAUUAAUAAUGUGUUAUUUUGCGAUGUGUAUCUUGGAUAUGUAUAUUACCUUAGACGCUAAUCACUUUUGACACGUUAUCAUUGAAUAUAUUUAGAACUACUCUGCUGUUCGCUAAAGUGUAAAAUAACUUUACGUUGUUACGAUAUAUUUUUGUCAUUGUUUGAUUCUUGCGUUAACAUACGUAUGUAUAAGUAUAUCUUAAUACACUAAUACAUACACUAAUGUAGCGAAUCUAAUUAUUAUGAAAAUGUGAAAUAAUGUGAUGUGUAUUUGUAUAUCGUAGUUUGGACUGUGAUAGAUAGAAAAAAAGAAAAAAUAAAGAACCGCUCCACUUGUUCUUACACGCGGAGAAUAUGUGUGCA